CCUAACUGUGGUGAUGCUAAUUGUAUCAUGUGUGCAGUCUACUCCUUUUUAGCACGAGACGGCGCGAGCCGCAGGUACAGGAUCAGAGGGUAGUGUCCCCCACCCCUUCCGUUAGUACGUCAUAUAAACGGAUGCAGUGCAGCCAUGAGGACAUUUGUAAUGCAGAGUCAAGCCAGACAGCUUCUACACAACAAGUUUGUGUUGGUUCUUGGUGGCUCAGUGCAGCGCUCCAUGUACAAAGACCUGGUUCUGCUGCUCCAGAGGGAUAAGUACUUGUCUCUGCCUCAGCUCAAGUCCAAAGGGGAGUUUUCCUUUGAGCGGGAUAGCCUUGUGGAAGGAGGUCGAGGAGGUCCCAUGACUAAUGGCACGGGGUACAGAGAGGUUCGACAGUACCGCUCCGACCACCACCUGCUGCGUUUCUACUUCCUGACACGGAUCUACUCGCCGUACAUGGAGAGCAUCCUGGAGGACUUGAGGAAAGGACUCAAACCUGAUGUCAUUGUCGUCAGUUCCUGUGUAUGGGACAUCACCAGGUAUGGGCUUCACGGUCUUGAACAGUACAAAAAGAACCUGCACAAGUUCUUUGACCAGAUUAAAACCAUCGCUUGCCGCGACUGUCUCAUCUUGUGGACUCUGGCCAUGCCGCUUGCUAAGAAGAUCAAGGGUGGAUUCUUGGUGUCUGAAGUGAGCUGCUUGGCUCCCAUGCUGUGUUUUGACAUCAUUGAGGCCAACUUCUACAGCAGUCAUCUGGCGGAGGCCUACGGCUUGGACGUCCUCGACCUGCACUUCCACUUCCGUUUCAGUCUGCAGCACCGCAUGCCAGACGGUAUCCACUGGGACGCACUGGCCCAUCGACGCAUCAGCAGCCUAAUGCUGCGGCACGCCGCUGAGGCCUGGGGAGUAGACCUGAUGACCCCCCCCUCUCCUCCAGGACAAGCACCGCUCCAGAGAUGUGGCCUGCUUCAAUACCAGCAGAGUCACAGACCAGACCGAGUUCAGCAUGUUCCACCAAACUCAGAUCCACUCAUGCAUUACUCACUGCAGCGCCACCGCUACAAACAGCAGAACUCAGCUGCUGCUGCUGGAAUCGGCCAGUUUCAUCCUCCUCCAGUUCGAGGAUUUCCUGCUGCUGGAAACUACAGUCGGCAUUAUAACCCUUUGCCCCCUGCCAACCUGUGGUCGGCGCCGCAGGUUUAUCUUCAGGUCAGAGCCCCUAGCUCACAGAUGGACUCCAUGUUCAGUGCAGAUGGAUGUUUCAGGUUCCGUCAUCAUUUCCAAGCAGACGAUCACUGUAUGAGGAGGAGGAGGCCUAACUUCAGGACUCACCCAUACCCCCCUCACCUUCCCCAGGUGACACCCAGACACCCUCUGUAUAGAUGGUGAGCUGCAGACACAGAAACCCAUUAGAGCAGGGAUACAGGGACUCUGGAUUCACUGCGUCACUGUCAGUGCUGAGAAAACUUAUUGGGAAAUAAAGCAGAUAAGGGGAAAUGAGGUUCAGUGAAUUUGAAAUCGCAAGAUGUUUCUGGAUGUUGAUGAGAUUAGUAGGUGAUGUUGGUCGGAAGCACAGUGACUCAUACAAUACCUGCUUUACAAUCCACUGAUCAGUGUUUGUACAUGUUCCCCAAUCUAGUUUAGAUUUUAGAUGAUGGAAUUUCUACAUGAUGUUUUUGACACAAGAAUGGUGAUAAUACAAAUGUGCUCUGCUUCCUGCCUGUGCUCCCUCAGUGGAAAGAGUCAGUGCUGUAGUGUCUUACAUACACUAAGCCUGUUCUUUCUCUGAAUCCUAUCAUCUGUACGAAGGGCUUCAUGUCUAUUAAAUCUAAUCUACUGCUCUCCUCAUCUAAUGCCUUGAUCUCUAGCCCCGUAGCAGUUUGCCACCCACUGGUACACUGUUCAGUCUGCAUGCAGCACAGUCAGCAUUUGAUCUAGAAAUGUAGACCAAAUGCUUUUCACCUGAUACAAGUUUUUACAAAUUAGGCUUUUGAGUUUGCAAUUUGAUAUAUUUUUAUAAACAGGUGAAAAGUUCAAAAUGGUUGAGAAGUUGUUUUUUUCAGUUCUAUACAACCCAAAUUUGAAUGAGGAACACACAACUGAAAACAGUCAGUGGUUAUUGCUCGUUUUAUAUUUCUGUUAUUUCUUUUCAUGAUUAAACAUUAAUGGUUAUGCAGCAUAGUUGGAGCACCAGGCAGCUUUCUUGCUUGCAUGCCCUACAGAACUGAACGUUGGUUGUUAUUUAUAUUUUGUACUGCACAUGUACUUUUCUUUUUCUCUUCUCAAUCACACUCAUUUAUUUCAUUAUAUUACCCCAACAUUUCCAAAUAUACCUCUUCUUUUGAUAUUUUAAACUCUGCUAUAGUCAAUAUACCAUUAGUGGAACAAGACACUCCAGGGUUCCUUUACAUAGCAAAUGUUUCCUAGCUUGCUGGGAUACCUUUAAGCUAACUCUAAGAAUAUUCUCUGCAUUUCUGUUCUAAACAAAUUGCCAUUCUAAACAUGCUUUUGAGUUUCAGUUUUCCAGAUUCUUUCUUCAGUGACUUUUUUUCAUUUUGAAAUAUCUUUGAGGAAGUACACUCAAUUAUUGGUUUAUUGUUUAAACUGUAAUCUGUGAAUGUCGAUACGCUCCUAGAAGUAAAAACAAAUACUCCUUUAAA